CACCGUUAAAAACUCUGUUCUCUUCUCUUCGCUCAUGAUCAUUUCUUCGAUAUUUCCUGCGCCUAAUCUUAAAAAAAGGAAAAGGAAGAAAGGAAGAAGAAAAUAAAUCAUUUUUAUCUUUAAUUUUUAGAUUUUCAGGGAAGAUUUGUUGUUGAUGGGUUCAGGGAAACUGAAGGGACAACGUGGAACGACGUCGAGUUCGUCGUCUUCGCUGGAUAAAAGGGGAGCAGUGAAGCUAGAGAUCGUUGAGGAUCCAUUAGAGGAAGAAUAUGGACCUCUUCAUAAGCGAUCCAAGGCUUCACAAACUAUUCAACAGUGGGGUGCGGGUGCUAAUGCAAUUCCUAUUCCCGCCGGGCAAUAUAAUCCGUUAGAUGAGCCUAGUCCGCUUGGACUGCAGUUGAGGAAGAGCCCAUCAUUGUUGGAUUUGAUUCAAAUGAGGCUCACUCAAGGGAAUGCUUCUGUACUCGGAACACAAGAGACCGAAAAUUCGAACUUGGGUUUUAAGAAGGAGAGUAAGACUGCCGCUGCUUCCAGCUCCAUUGACAAGCUUAAGGCUUCAAAUUUUCCUGCCUCCAUUCUAAGGAUUGGGAGCUGGGAGUAUAAGUCGAGAUAUGAAGGUGAUUUGGUGGCGAAGUGUUACUUUGCGAAGCAUAAGCUGGUCUGGGAAGUUCUUGAAGGUGGUCUUAAGAGCAAGAUUGAAAUCCAGUGGUCUGAUAUCAUGGCUCUGAAGGCAAACUGUCCCGAUAAUGGACCGGGGACAUUGAAUGUUGUGCUAGCCAGGCAGCCCCUUUUCUUCAGGGAGACUAAUCCACAGCCCCGAAAACAUACCUUGUGGCAGGCAACGGCAGAUUUUACUGAUGGACAGGCUAGCAUACACAAGCAACAUUUUCUACAAUGUCCACAAGGGCUGUUAAAUAAACAUUUUGAAAAGCUCAUCCAGUGCGACAUGCGUUUGAACUUCUUAAGUCAACAGCCAGAGAUAAAUCUGAAUUCACCAUAUUUUGAACAUAGACCGCCUGUUUUUGAGGAUCUGGAUGAUUCUAAAGGUCAAGAUUUUAAUCAAGUGGAGUCAGCUAAGGUAUGUGUUGUUUCUGGCUUCUAUCAUCUAGCAUCACCAUCUGCAGCUCAAUCAUCUUCCUUAGAGAUUGAUAAAGGGGAUCCUUCUGCUUCGACAUCAGACCAUAUGUCCCGAGAAGCUCCUUCUCCCAGCUCAGUGAUGGACACUCGUGCAAUUGAAGGGAGUGGAAUUUGUGAAGCUGUUGAUUCCAAAGCACCAAGCAACUGGGAUCAGAUUAAAGUGCCAGGCUUGCGCCAUUCUAUGUCAAUGACUGAUCUUAUGAACCACAUUGAGAACUGUAUUUCAGAACAGAUGACCUCAGGAAAUCAACUCUUUUCUGCUAAUAAAUCAGAAUGUCGGGACAUAUUAGAGGACAUAGCUCAGUGCCUUCUUAGCGACACCCAACAAACAACCUCCUCUGAUGAGAAAAGGAUCAUGGCAAGGGUCAAUUCUCUCUGUUGCCUUUUGCAGAAGGACCCUGCUUCCACACAGAACUUGCAGGUUAAUGGGGAAAGUUUCUUUGAGGAGUCUAACAAUGGGAAGGGGCUUCAGCUAAACUGCACCAAUGAGUCGCUGCAUGAGAAUAAAUUUAGAGGUGAUAUCAGAGGGUCUGAAGGUAGCAGUAUCAAGGAUGUUUGUGGCAGCAAGCAGGCACCAGGAAUGUCGAGGAAAGACUCAUUUGGGGACCUGCUACUCCAUCUCCCUCGAAUUGCAUCUCUUUCAAAGUUCUUAUUCAACAUUUCUGAAGAAGAUGUUGACAGUCAAGAUUUGUAGAUAAUUAUGUUUGGUUUGAUAAUCGGUGCUAGAUAGUCAAUCUCUGUCUCUCUUGUGAACGUAGAUUUGUUGGUUGUUUAAUAUUAUCUUAAGGGUCCAAGCGGAUGCUUCCAUUAGUUUGAACCUUGGGAAAGCACUGGGAUUCCGAAAAUUGGUUUGAUGAAGGAUCCCGAUGAAUGUCCCAUGUACAAAUCUUUUAAGCUGUUGUAGCCUCACUGUUCAUCAUUCAUUUCCCAUAAAUUACAUUAUGAUUUUUAUUUCUA